AUGACUAUCGAUAUUCGCCCAUUGACGCCUCCCCCAGGCUCCGACAUCAAAUUUGGCGCUGUAGUCGGAAACGUCGACCUCGAGAAUCUUACAGACGACACGUUCAACACGCUCCACGACGCACUAUACAAAAACCUCGUCCUCGUAUUCAAAAACCAACGCCACCUCACCCCCAAAGCCCAAUAUGCCUUAACCCAGCGCUUCGACCCAUCAUCUACCUCCUACGGACACGGCAAGACCCUCGACAGCAAACGGAGCAUCCUACACCCAGAUUUGAAGACCGUUCCGCACCAGCCGCAAGUUCAAAUCAUCGGCCAUGGACAUAUCAAUUUCUACGAGGGGCUGGACAAUAUCCAAUUGAAACACCCGCAUCAUCGAACUUUCCAUCGCGAUCCGAUUCCCCCGGAAGAUGAUCACGACUUUACACGAUUUUAUCGGUGGCAUAUCGACGCCGCGUUGUACGAUUUGUACCCGCCGAAGGUGACCACGUUGCUGGCUGUGCGGGUCCCCAGGGGCCGGCGUCAGACACUCCGCUAUGACGACGGAACAGGUGAUACACUGGCCGUGCCACUCGGUACAACGGCAUUCGUUAGCGGUGAAACGAUGUAUAACCGGCUUUCAGAGGAAGAGAAGGAAUUUGUGCAGACGAGUAGGAUUGAAUAUGCGCCGCAUCCGUAUAUCUGGAUGAGUCCUGCCCGCGCCCUCCCGACAGGCCUAGGCCUUCACUCAGAAGGCCUCGAACUCUCCGACUCCGACCUUCCCCCAAUCGACCCCACAAAGAUCAUGACACUCCCAAUGAUCUGGAAGAAUCCCGUCACCGGAAACCUAGCACUACAAAUCCACCCCUCCGCCGUGCGAAAGAUCCACCGCGACGACGGGACUGUGGUCGACGACCUGAAAACGGUGAGAGAGAUCGUGUAUAAUUUGCAGAGGCCGGCGAUUUCACCGCAGUAUGUGUAUGCGCAUGAUUGGGAAGAGGGGGAUUUGGUGCUGUUUAAUAACCGGGGGGUUUUGCAUUCGGUUGUGGGGGCUUUUGGGGAUGGGGAGGUUAGGUUGUUUAGGCAGUGUAAUUUGGCUGCGUCGGAGGGUGUUGAGUAG